CACCACCCCGCCCCUACCACCACGGUGUGGCGAAGGUGUCACUGACAGCCAUGGCCCACAAGCGCGGCCGUCUUGUUGGUUGGGUGCUUCUCCUCCUCCUCGCCGUGGCUAUCGCCGGCGCCGCCGCGGCCACGCCGAGGCAGCUGUUCCUGGUGACCCAGGCGCCGGUCACGCUCACGAACCACCACGGCCAGCUGCUCACGGGGAACUACUCCGUCAACCUGCUCUGGUACGGCCGCUUCACCCCGGCGCAGCGCGCCACCGUCGCUGACUUCUUGCUGUCGAUGUCGUCGCCGUCGGCGGCGGCGGAGGCUGCGGCGGUGUCUGGUGGUCCGGCGGCGCCGUCGGUCGCGUCGUGGUGGGCCACCACGGCGCGGUACCACCCGGGCGCCGCGCGGCUCACGCUCGGCCGCCAGGUGCUCGACGCGUCGCUCUCCCUCGGCCGGCGGCUGUCGGAGACCUCCCUCGCCGCGCUGGCCGCGCGCCUCUCCCCGCACCGGGGCUCCAUCGCCGUGGUGAUAACUGCCCCCGACGUCCUCGUCGACGGCUUCUGCCUCUCCCACUGCGGCCUCCACGCGUCGGCCACCUCGGCCGCCGCCGCCGCCGCCACCGCCUCGCCAGCCGCGACGCGCGGGCGCGGCAGGUUCGCGUACGCGUGGGUGGGGAACGCGGCGGAGCAGUGCCCGGGGGAGUGCGCGUGGCCGUUCCACCAGCCGGCGUACGGCCCUCAGGCGCCGCCGCUGGUGUCGCCGAACGCCGACGUGGGGAUGGACGGCAUCAUCAUCAACCUCGCCACGCUGCUCGCCGGGGCGGUGACGAACCCGUACGGCGGCGGGUACUUCCAGGGCCCCACCGAGGCGCCGCUGGAGGCGGUGACGGCCUGCACGGGGAUGUUCGGCGCCGGCGCCUACCCGGGGUACCCCGGCCAGCUGCCGGUGGACGCCGCCACCGGCGCCAGCUACAACGCCGUCGGGGUCGCCGGCCGGCGGUUCCUCCUGCCGGCGAUGUGGGACCCCAAGACCUCGCAGUGCUCUACUCUCGUGUAGUAGUACUAGUACAAACCCUCUGAUGCGAUCGAUCGAUGGACCAAAAUGGCUUGGGCUCGGUGUACGGACGGCUGGGAUUAGGGAGUGGAGUGACGUGGUGUCUCGUUUCUUUUGUUUUGUGGAUAUUUCGUGGUGAACAAAAAAAAUGGAAAAAAAAACAGAAUGAAGUGGGGUAAUGUAAUAAACCUAGGCUUUCGUUGUCAUGUUCUGUAUAUAUUGGUAAGGCAUUGUUCAUGGGUUCGUUGAUCGUUGACAUCUCAAGCAAAGGCCGUGUUUGGAUUUUUUUUU